CAAAGUAAAUGGCUUCUCUCGUGUUAUUAACAUUUUCACUCCUUUUUGCAACUUUCUCUUCUCCUCUUGUAGAUGCUUUUAAUUAUACUGAUGGUGGUAAUUCCACCCUCGCCGCGCCAGCACUAAACCCUAUUGAUGCUUGCUGGCGAAGAGACGCUAAAUGGUCGACUAACCGUCAAGCCCUGGCCAGAUGCGCGGUAGGGUUCGGGAAAAACGCGCAAGGGGGCAGCAAAGGGCCUAUCUACGUGGUUACAAGCCCAGCAGAUGACGUUGGAAAGCCUAAACCCGGAACUUUAAGAUUUGGGGCGACCCAACCUAAACCACUAUGGAUCACAUUCCAACGUGACAUGGUCAUAAGGUUGAAAACCGAGCUCGAAGUGACGAGCCACAAGACGAUAGACGGGAGAGGAGCAAAAGUUGACAUUGGCAACGGACCAUGCAUUGCGAUCAAACGUGCGACCAAUGUCAUUAUACAUGGGCUAACUAUCCAUGAUUGUAAAUUGAGCAAAGGAUUUGAUGGUGACGGAAUCCGCGUGUUUCAAUCUAGUAAUGUUUGGAUCGAUCAUUGUCACUUAUCUCGGUGCCAAGAUGGUUUGAUCGAUGUGGUUACAUCUUCUACGGCUGUCACGAUUUCUAAUAAUCGUUUAAUAAAUCACCAGAAAGCGAUGUUGCUCGGACAUUCUGACCAACAUAUGGCUGAUAAGAAUAUGAAAGUUACAGUUGCAUUUAAUGUAUUUGGACCGGGUCUCACCGAGAGAAUGCCUAGGGUAAGAAGAGGGUAUGCGCAUGUAGCAAACAAUAUGUACAACAAAUGGAAUCUGUAUGCAAUUGGAGGAAGUGCUGAUCCUACUAUCUAUAGUGAAGCCAACCACUUCAUUGCUCCUGACAGAAAAGAACACAAAGAGGUGACAAAGAGAAUGGAUAAAAGUCCUGCUGCAAAAAAAGGAAAAUGGAGUACGAAUAAGGACGUUUUCAUCAACGGAGCUUUCUUCAAGGCGUCUGGUGGAGCGGGCGUCCCGCCGCCGUACGGAGGUGGACAAGCGUUUCCAGUGGCCGGGGCUCAAGUCCCUGCUCUUACUGCCUCGGCUGGUCCUCUCAAUUGCGCACCCGGCAGGGUUUGCUAA